UGUGGGAGUACUGUUAUUUUGGACAACAAUAUGAAAAUGAAUGGGAAAUGUUACAUUUAACUUUAAAUAAUCUGCCAUGGUACAACUGGAGCAUCAAAAAUCGAAAGCUUUUACAAAUAGUCAUGAUAAAUACCCAACAUGCACUUACUAUAAAAACUUUUGGUAGCAUAAAAGUCAACAACGAGAUUAUAACAAAGAGCUACCAAGCAGUAUAUACCUUGAUUGCAUUUUUCUGCACUGUAACAAGGAACUAAAGCCAUAAUUAUGGAAUAUGGAAAUAUGUCAUUCAAAAUAAUUACCUAUUUUAUGUAGAACAUGGUAGCCACUUUUGCACGUACCUAUACAAAAUAAGAGAAAAAAUUAUUUCCUAGGAAA